AAUUCCGUCGUCAGUAGCUUGUAAACUCGGUGAAGGUAAAGAUGAGUUUUCAACCCUGGUCCGUCACUUUGUUGGUCCCUGUAAGUUCGGUUCAGGCCUAGAGAGUUGUAAGGGAGCAUCCCAUUAUCAGAGCUCCAGUUGCAGGAAAACUUUUCCGAAGAACGGUUCCCCCCGAAGCAACAAAAAAGUUUGCAGUUUGGGGCCCGCAAAGUUUUGUGUGAGAAUCAAGAAAACCGGGCACAAAGUUUUCGCCUUCAGCUAAAACUUUGGCGGAAAACUUUCGACUUUGGAGAGGACCCCGAAAUAAAAAGUUUAUCAUCCCGGCCCCAGUCAGCCAGCCAGCCAACAGCAGCCGAGAAGUGAAUUUUGGUGGUAAAAGUUUUUCCGCGACAGCAACAAGAACAAAGUUUUCCGCGAAAGUUUCACCCACUCGGCGUAGUAAUUGUUGAGACGCGCGCGCCCGAAAACUUAAAUUAAAACUCCGCGAAGACGACGGGAACAACAAGAUUUUCGCGAAAAGCAGCCCCAUCCCUACUUCCCCACACUUAACUCGCUAGAGGCUUCGAUUAGCAGUGAUCAUCGGUGGUUGAGACAAAAUUAAAACUGUGACACCACUGAACAAAACAAAAAACCAAACAAUUACCUAUUUUGGAGGAAAAGUUUUGCGCGAAAAAGUUUUGUCACUGCCUACUUUCAGGCGGAGCAAAACUUGUCGGGAAGUCUGAAGAAAAUCGAAAAGUGAAGCCAGUUAAGUAACCUUAACCUCGUUUUAAGUUGCUCCCGGAAAAAAAGUUUCAAAUUUUAGUGAGUUGUGUUUGAAACAAUUUUGUUUUCGUUUCGAAGUGUUGAGAAAAAGUUUUCGUUUCCUGUUGAAAAGUUUUCACCUUCCAUGACUGACAGUUUCGAAGCUGUAAAAACACACAGGAAGUGCAACAAUUGUUGCGAAGUUGAUUGCUGGUGAAGUUCGGGAUUUUGAAAUCACCCACGCACGCUUCUUCGAAUAGUGCAGUAGAAUUUUUUUUAAAUAAAAAAUCAACCAGACAAUAGUUUUACUAAACAUCAACAGUCGGUGCUGAAGAAUAAAACAGGAAUAUGGAACAUGAAGUGCAGACGUUUAAUGUGAUUACAACGAGCGAAUGAAUUGGUUUAAGUGAAGUAUCAAACGCCAAACAUUUUGAGGGGGAAAGUGCAAUAGGUUGGGACAGUCAGUAAUUAAAGUGCAAUAUCAAUACGAUCUAUACGAAAUAUCACCAAUUAACGUGUAAGAAGCGUUACCACAUCCUUUUACGAUUAGUGUUACUCGGUAGUGUAAAGUUUCAAAAUGAUCGACAACAGUUACUCGUACGUAACGCGGGAUAACUUACGGUAUACGGAGUUGAACGAUAGCCGAUCGUACGCUCAAAUGAGUACCUUGGCCUCGCCACCAUCGAUGAGCAACAGGCUAGGGGAGUACGAUACCUCGGCGACACAUUUAACCAAUCACCGUCCUUACGAGCCGGCUCCACAGACCGCCUUCGAGCGGUAUGACACAGGUUACGCACCACAGCGCACCAAUCUGUACCCCUCCUACGGAUAUACGCAGCCACUGAUCGAUGAGGAGCAAAAGUAUCUUCCCGCAGAACCUCCGGCUCCUCCGGAAGUCCAACCCAGUCAACAUCACCUCGGAGCUUUGGGAACUGUUCCUACCGACCGUCAUCAUCCGAUGAUGAAAGUGGAAAUGGACGAAAACACCGGUCCAAUCUACCCGAGACCUAUGUAUCACUACGACCCGGCCUGUGGUACUAUGCCUCCUGGAUUCUCGGCUAUCAACCUCAGCGUCAAGGAAGCCAGUCCACCUCUCCCGUACAAAACAAGCACACCCUCUCCAAAUUCCCUGAAUCGCAAACCCGAAGACCCUCGAACGAACAAAAUAUCCUCCACCAGUCCUGGGCCGGGUGCAAGUCCUCAUCAACGCAGCAGUCCCCAAGCAUCGCUGGACCUCAGCUCCAACAAUAGCGGUGGAACUAGUCCUCACUUUGCCCGAAACCCUUCAGCGAUAGUGAGUAGCACCGGCACCACGACCACCACCACUACGAUCAACAAUAACACCACCACAACCAACAACAAUAAUCCAGUGUAUACGAACGAUGUUCCGGAGUCACGCGCCUCGGAAGUCAACCAACAGCAGCCUGAAUUCACCAACAACAGUAACAACGAUCGUCCGCUAGGAAUCGGUUUCGCCCGUCCUCAACCGCCGUCAGCACCUUACAGCCGCGAGUCUACCCCGGACAGUGGAGGAUCGUACUACGCGGACACUUACCGUGACACCGCCAGUGGUGAGUGCAACGCCCAGCAACCGGACCGAGGCCAGAGCUUCUUCAAUAGCGAGAAUCUUUCUCCGUAUUCAACAGGCUACAGUCCACACACCAGCUACGGAAUGGUGGUUCAACCCGAUUACACCAACGGAUACCCAAGCUACGCACCGAACGCCUACCAAUACAGUGGACCCUACGCCAGCUCGCUAGGAUCCAGCGUCUACCCGCCAACGGUUCCCUCCGGAUACCCUCCAAGCAGCGGCACCAGCUUCGUAACACCUCCGGCCCUCGGUCAGCACCUUUCUCCGCACGACAACCUGCUCAAAGCCGGUGAUUCUUUGUACAUGUACAGCCUGACCGGAUACCAGCGACUGGAGCGGCCCCAGUUUCCCUCCCAAUCGCAGGAACUCAAGUGUCCAACGCCGGGCUGCGACGGGUCCGGUCAUGCCACCGGCAACUACAGCUCCCAUCGAAGUCUUUCGGGCUGUCCGCGGGCUUCGAAGCCUAAGAGCAAACCCAGGGACGGGCAGGAAUCGGAACCACUGAGAUGUCCCAUUCCCGGUUGUGACGGAUCCGGCCACUCGACGGGCAAGUUCUUGUCGCACCGAAGUGCGUCCGGGUGUCCGAUAGCGCUCCGCAACAAGAUGCAUAUCCUGGAAAGUGGCGGUACGAUCGAACAGGCCAAGGCUGCGAUGGCAGCGGCCGCGGCGGGCAAGUUUGAACCAUUCAUCUGUCCAACGCCGGGCUGCGACGGCAAUGGCCACUCGGAUGGCACUCAAACGAGCCAUCGAUCGGUGGCCAGCUGCCCGACAGCCCAGGGCCAGCAGCCGAGUAAAAAGGCUCGCUACGGGGACGAGAUCCUCUCGAUGAACUCGCCCUCGGCCGCCAAGCCCUUCAACGACCUGGCCUCGAACUACAACCCGGUGAAGAAUGGACUGCUGGGAACUAGUGGAGGAUCCGCCAUUGCAACGGGACCGUCGGGUCUGGUGGGCGGGGUUAUCGGAGGAGGGACCACGAUCGAUGACCACGUCCGCUCCAAGGAACAAUCCUCGAUCAUACACCCGGGAGUAGGUGUUCCUCCAACGAACCCACAAUCCCACCAACAGCAGCAACAUCAACAACAUCCACACCAACAACAACAACAACAGCCGCAACCCGGAACUCCCGGAGCGAACGGCAGCGAAGAUCUCCUCACCCUGGACGAGGAAAUCUGCGAACUGAAACGGGAAAAUGCACGCGUCGAGCUGCAGAUGCUGCGGCUCAAAUCGAACAUCAACGCCAUGGAGUCUCAGCUGAACAACAAUAACAACAACGAGCCCAAACUACUCGAGAUUGGGACCCGGGGGAUCACAUGAAAUUUCCUGACCUGUUAGAGCUUUUAAGUUUCCGCAUGACUGAGAACGAACGAUCGAAAUGCGAGUGAGCGCGAGUGAGUGAAAACCAAAGAAAAAAAAUCCGAGUGCAAUAUUCCAUACUUAGUAGAAACCCCAACACAAAAACAAAACACGAAUACUACGAAGCAGUGUAUACUAAAACUAAAAAAAAAACAAACAAAAAUGUAGAAAACGAAUGAAUUUUGUCUAUAGUGAAGAUCGUUAUUAGGUGGAAGGACUGUGUACAUUUGAAAAUUUGUGUAAUAAAAAUUAAAAUCUCACUGAAACAGAAACAAAAAAAAAACUCAAAUAAAAUACCUAGUCGAAAUGUGCUAUACGACUCAUUUUAAUUAUAAUCACCAGAACAAAAAAAAAUCGGUAUUACUCGUGGGUAAGUAAGAAUGAGGUUAAUCAAAAUCCAAUCGUGUGCAGUAACAGCAGCAGUUUGAAGAAGUUGUAAAACAGUGAAACUAUAGAAACAAGGAACCUUAACUUAUUAAUGCUAUUAUUUUACACGAGAAUCGUACUAUUGAUAAUAACACAACAAAAAAACUAAAAACCACAAAACAAAAGUGGCAGAGCUAAAUUGCAAAACCGAAAGCGAGAAACGGUGGACAAAUGUGGCAUCCCCAUACGGUACGGCAUAAGAACAACACAUUAGUAAAAUUGUAUAAAAAGUCAUUAUUGUAUGUAACCCAGUUAUGAAUUUUAAAAUGAUAAAUAAAAAUUACAUAUUUGUGAUACUAAUUCGAA